AUGCUAGGACUGGACAUUGCCUCCAAGAGGAAGAGGAAGCCAACGGAUUAUCCAUUCCACCUAGACUACAGAACACGAUGGUCGGACAAUGAUGUCUAUCACCACAUGAACAACAGCAUAUAUGCAUUCUUGAUCGACUCUAUUGUGAAUGCAUAUCUCAUUGAGAAAUGCGGGCUCAAUCCUGAAACGUCGGAGCAAAUUGGUCUAGUCGUGUCAAGCUACUGUGAUUACUUUGGAUCUGUGGCAUACCCUUCUGUGCUCGACCUGGGAUUGAGGGUUGUGAAACUUGGAAAGUCAAGUGUCAUGUACGAAGUUGGCAUCUUCGACCAGGGAAAAGACCAAGUCAAGGUAGUUGGGGGUUCGAUACACGUCUUCGUCGAGGCAAAGGGACGUCGACCUGGGGAGGACGGCAUGAUGCCACAAAUGAGAGAAGGAUUGUCACAGAUCCUGGAAAAGGACGCCGCGAAAUUAUAA